AUGGCAUUAUUCAAAGCUUCUAAUGUUCUAAUUUGUUUCAUCAUUUUGGCAUUUGUUUUACCUUAUUGUGAUGCCCAAAAUUCCCAAACAGACUAUCUCAACACUCAUAAUUCAGCUCGAUCUCAAGUAACUGGUGUUAGUGCAAUAACAUGGAACACAACUCUUGAAAAUUAUGCACAAACUUAUGCCAAUCAAAGAAUUAGUGAUUGCAAUCUUGUCCACUCUAAUGGUCCUUACGGCGAAAAUAUUGCUAAGGGAAGUGGUUCUUUCAUGACCGGCACUGCUGCUGUUAACUUGUGGGUGGGCGAAAAACCGUACUAUGAUUAUAAUAGUAAUAGUUGCACUGGUGGAAAAGAAUGUCGACAUUAUACUCAAGUAGUCUGGAAAAACUCGAUUCAACUUGGUUGUGCUCGAGUUCAGUGUACCAACGGCUGGUGGUUUGUUACAUGCAACUAUAAUCCUCCAGGUAAUUACAUUGGUCAACGCCCAUACUAAUUAUUUUGACUAACAUCAAAUUUUAUAAUCAAAUAAGAAAACUAGUAGUAUAUGCUACGUACUUUAUAGAGGUUUGAAUGAUCUCUAUAUUUACGUUGCAUUUUAG